GUCUCACUCACAACUUCCACAACCAUUUUCUCACCGUAGAUACGACCAAGUAUGGCGACGACGAGAUCACAGCCGUCCGUUUUUCUCCUCUUCAGUUUGGUCGUGAUCGGAACCCUAGCUCUUGCUCAGGCCAAAAAAUCCCAGGAAAAUCUGAAAGAAGUAACUCACAAAGUUUACUUUGACGUUGAGAUAGAUGGUAAACCUGCCGGCCGUGUUGUUAUGGGUCUCUUUGGUAAAACAGUUCCUAAAACAGCAGAGAAUUUCAGAGCAUUGUGCACAGGGGAAAAAGGAGUUGGAAAGAGUGGUAAGCCACUUCAUUACAAGGGGAGCGCAUUCCACAGAAUAAUCCCCAGCUUCAUGAUUCAAGGUGGUGAUUUCACCCUUGGUGAUGGACGUGGAGGGGAAUCUAUUUACGGUGAAAAGUUUGCUGAUGAAAAUUUCAAGAUCAAGCACACUGCACCUGGGCUAUUGUCAAUGGCAAAUGCUGGUUCUGACACCAACGGUUCACAGUUCUUCAUCACAACUGUCACAACUAGCUGGUUGGAUGGUCGACAUGUUGUCUUUGGAAAGGUGUUGUCUGGAAUGGAUGUCGUUUACAAGAUGGAAGCUGAAGGAAGACAAAGUGGAACACCCAAAAGCAAAGUUGUCAUCGCAGACAGCGGUGAACUCCCUCUGUAAUUGAGUUCUGAUAAUUGCAAUAUGUUUUACACAAUAAUCUUAGGUCGUUUUUGCUGCCAUUUAAGGAGUGGGCAGUGUUUUUAACUUCUUAUCAAACCAUGAUUGUUGUGGCAUAAGCAGCGAAGGAAAAUUUUUAGGCGAAGAAAAGAACAUUAUGGAGGCCAAGUGACACGGUCUCACGUUGAAUCUAUGCCAUCAAUAUGUAGUUAAUAUCUACUUUUCGUUAUUGGUUUCUAUUAAAUCACGCUUUUUGAUA